AUGGCCUCUUUCUACUUCCUCUUGCUUCUUCUUGUCGGUGCAACAACUAUUACAGCUUCUGGUACAGACCUAUGUACAGACUUUUACUCCUGCACUUGCCCAAACUUGUUAACCUUAGUCAAGAAAGGAGUGGCUCAAGCCAUUAAAAAAGAACCACGCAUGGGGGCUUCCUUACUCCGAUUGCAUUUCCAUGACUGCUUUGUAAACGGUUGUGAUGCAUCAAUACUGUUGGAUGAUAGUAGCAACUUGGAAGGAGAGAAAACCGCAGCAGCUAACAACCAAUCAGCCAGAGGGUUCAUUGUGAUAAAUGAUAUUAAGUGCAGUGUGGAGAAAGAGUGUCCCAAAGUGGUGUCCUGUGCGGAUAUUCUUGCUCUUGCAGCUCGAGAUUCUGUUGUCUUUUUAGGAGGACCUUCUUGGGAAGUGGGGUUGGGGAGAAGAGAUUCUACAACAGCAAGCAGAAAGGAUGCUAAUAAUAACCUUCCUGGGCCUUUCCUCAAUCUAGCUAAUCUCACAAACAAUUUUGCUAAUCAAGGCCUCUCUGUUACAGACUUGGUUGCUCUUUCAGGGGCACAUACCAUUGGCCUGGCUCAGUGCAAAAAUUUCCGAGCACACAUCUACAAUGACUCCAACGUUGAUCCCUCCUACCGGAAGUUCCUGCAGAGCAAAUGCCCAAGAAGUGGAAGGGACAAUACACUGGAACCCCUUGACCACCAAACUCCAAUCCGUUUCGACAAUCUAUACUUCCAGAAUUUGAUCAGUAAAAAAGCCCUUCUUCAUUCCGAUCAGGAGCUGUUCAAUGGCAGUUCUACUGACAAUCUGGUUAAAAAAUACGCUGUCAAUACUGCUGCAUUCUUCGAAGACUUUGCCAAAGGCAUGGUCAAAAUGAGCAACAUCAAGCCUCUC